AGCAGCGCCGGGAGGCGGGCAUAGGUCGGGGGCGGAGCCUGCGGCUGCGCACUCGCAAGCUCCGCCCCUCCGGUUCGCUAACAGAGGCGGAGCGCUUACAGUGGAAACAGCCUAGCUCGGCGUCGAAGUUGAGUCGUCUUGAGACGAAGUCCCCGCCGAAGACGCACCCACCAUGGCGCCUGCUAUCCUCGGGCUGACGUCGCGCUGGGUGAUGCUCUUGGGUGCCGUGCUGCUGUUGCUUCUGUCCCGAGCGUCCGCGCAGGAGCCUCCGCGAAUGAGUUGCUCUGAGUACACAAACAGAUCCUGUGAAGAGUGCCUCAGAAAUGUCUCGUGUCUGUGGUGCAACGAGAACAAGGCCUGCAUGGACUACCCAGUAAGGAAAAUCUUGCCCCCUGCUUCUCUUUGUAAAUUGAGUUCCGCUCGCUGGGGCGUGUGCUGGGUGAACUUCGAGGCCUUGAUCAUCACCAUGUCAGUGCUUGGGGGCUCUGUGCUCCUGGGCAUCACUGUGUGCUGCUGCUACUGCUGCCGCCGGAAGAGGAGCCGGAAGCCAGACAAGAGUGACGAGCGGGCCAUGAGGGAGCAGGAGGAGAGGAGAGUGCGGCAGGAGGAGAGGAGAGCAGAAAUGAAGUCAAGACAUGAUGAAAUCAGGAAAAAAUACGGUCUGUUUAAAGAACAAAACCCGUAUGAGAAGUUCUAAGGCGGCUGGCACACACUUGCGGUGGAUCGUGCAGUUCCAAAGUUUCCUGGGAGUGCACUCCUCAGCAGAGCCUGCGGAGACCUCGCCACCACAGCCACCCUUGACCCGGGUGAUCCCUCAGCCUCAGCACUGGCACCGGCGUGGCCUUGAGAGGACAAUCCUGCUCUUGUUCCUUCUAUGUCUGUAUGUAAUCACCUGAGACCUUAAUCUCGUUGAUGUCCUUUUUGGGGGGAGGAAAUGUACUUGGUCCCCACAGUCUGCAAGCCGAUUACGAAGCUGGCAGCCUGAGGUGCUGCCUGGCUGCUGUGGCCUUGCUGGAAGAUUCAUAUUGCAACAAACGAGUCAUGUUCACUGUGUGAUGGCAGGGACUGACCACGGCCUCUGCAGGCCCACUGCUGUCACAUGCCGUUGUUUUUAAUUCUGGUGGCCUCUUGGAAGGCACUGUCCCAAAGUCUAGUAAGGAUUGGCUUCCUAACCCAGCUCUAUCCCAUAGCACAAAAGCUUAUAAAGUCACCAGAAGUCUUUAAUCCCUAAGGAAGCAGUCCUGUCAACCUCUCACGAGAAGCCCAGGCCUCUCGGAUGGCGUCUUUUAUUUUCAGUCUUUAUUAGACUGAGAAUCUUCCCACCAUGGAAAACCUGGGCUGUGUUCAGUUUGAUCCUCUUGUGAGGGCUGAAUGUCCGCCUCAGGCCUCUGCAGCUAUGGUGGUUCACGGAUGCCCAUGUCCUCAGAAGGACAUCUCCCUCUACGAGUCAGGCUGCUGUUCAGUUGGUCCUCUACAUAUUCAUGGAGGAUGAACGGCUUGUCCACCAGCCAGCCUGCUGUGGGAGCUGAGUGUGUAGGAAGUUCAGAGGACCCCAUACCAUCUUGCCUACCAGGAAAACUGCCUGAACUGACACAUAUACCCACUUCACCUCUACCCUGCUUCCAGCCAUGCCUCACUGUGUCUGACACAUCAGCAUGGGCCCUGGGAAGGUUGUCAGGGGGCAUUCAGGUCCCUGUGAUUCCGUCCAUACUGUGCAUUUCUUUGAAAUCUAGAUGUGUCCCUAGUAAGCAGAUCACAACCCUGAUGGGAGGGUAAGGAGGAAAGAUUCCCCCCUGGGAAAGCAGCCCUCAGCAGAUGAGGGGGUCUUACUGUAGGCUCCCUCAUGCAUGAGACCUCACCUAGCAGCUGGGUAACCUUUCACUGUCAGUUUGUCUAUCCAGGGAUUAACAUUUUCUUCCCUUCUGAUUUCCACAAACUAAGGGAAUAACCUUUACCACAAUCUGGAGUCUUACCAUUUUUCUGCCUUGUUAGGCAUUUGAUGGAAUUUAAAGCCUUGUCAAACAUUUCCUAAGUAUUAUAGCAGCUAUGGCGAGUUCUCUUUCUCCUGUCUGUUGAAAGGGAACCCUCCUCACAGGCCCUGAUGACCUUUGUAUUAAUAUGUAGCACGUGUAAAUUGUACCAGUUAGGUUGCUGAGCUGAUGUUAGUGUAACAACUGCUAAAUGCAGAGGAUUACAUUCUCCAGCGUAGAAAUGCAGCAGGUGCUCGGAGGAGUGGUCUGUGCCUGCCUCUGCACAGCGCGAAGAAUAGCCACAGAACCAAGCCUGAGACCAUCACACCCAGUGCCUUAGUUUUUAACCUCUAUCCAAUAAAAUGGUUGAAUAUGG